UGGCACACGUUUUAUAACCCAGACCACGUCUCUUUCCGGAAGAAGAGAAGAAGCACGCUCCUUCUCUCUUUCCCCCUUUGAUCAAUUCUCCUCGAUCGAAAGCAUUUCAAUCUCAUAAACCUCCGAUUCUCGAGGGAUGGCGGCGGUAAAUGGAUACCAAGGAAAUACUCCGGCGGAGACAACCCCGGCAGCCACCGGAUCGAAACAACCUGCUCCUCCGGCUAAAACCGUCGAUAGCCAAUCCGUUCUCAAAAGGCUGCAAUCUGAACUUAUGGGCUUAAUGAUGGGAGGUGAUCCGGGGGUAUCUGCUUUCCCAGAGGAAGACAACAUAUUCUGCUGGAAAGGAACAAUCACAGGAAGCAAUGAUACUGUUUUUGAAGGAACAGAGUACAGACUCUCACUCGCUUUCUCCAACGAUUAUCCUUUCAAACCUCCCAAAGUUAAGUUCGAGACUUGCUGCUUCCAUCCCAAUGUGGAUCUCUAUGGCAAUAUUUGCUUGGACAUUCUUCAGGAUAAAUGGUCAUCGGCCUACGAUGUGAGGACGAUAUUGCUCUCGAUUCAAAGCCUUCUCGGAGAACCGAACAUCAGCUCGCCAUUGAACAAUCAAGCAGCUCAGCUUUGGAGCAAUCAAGAAGAGUAUAGGAAGAUGGUUGAGAAGCUCUACAAACCUUUGAACCCAUGAUUUUUUUCAGAAGAAAGAGACACACUGCUUUCAAUGGAUCAUGUUUAUUUUACUUUGUAAUCUCAAUUCGAGCCAGUAUUAGCAAUCAAAAACCCUUGUUUACAGUUACAAUCUCGCUCCAAUCGAAACCUAUAUCUUCCAUGUAAAGCAGAUCAUAACUCUUUGUUCAAACGUAGGACAUGGGAUUUGACUUGUA